CAAGAAAAAUCGCGAUGUCUCGAUGUUUUUUUACACAAACGCCAACGCAUAAUUUAGUUUUAGUUUAGAUUUUUUCGAAUUAUAAUUUAUUAUACAAUUUUAUUUAAAUUUCCUUAACCACUCAACGUUUGGCUACUGCUGGUGGUUGGCGCCGCGACGGCACUUGAAUGAACAACACGCACUGCAUCAGUUGUGCGUUGGUGUUGCUGUGAAUUUGUGUGUGCAAUUGGAAGUGGAAUUGGGAAGUGGGCAAAAAAAAUAUGUCGAAAAAUAAAAUAAACACAACUGCGGCGACGGCAGCGAACGCUGAAACGAAUCUAAUUGAAGUGAAAUCAAAGUUCGAUGCCGAAUUCCGACGCUGGAGCUUUAAACGUCACGAGCCCGAGCAGAGCUUCGAUAAGUUCGCCACCCUCAUCGAGCAGCUGCACAAGCUGGCCAACAUACAGUUUCUAAUACUCUACAUUGAUCCGCGCGACAACGACCUGUUGCCCAUCAACAACGAUGACAACUUUGGGCGUGCACUCAAAACGGCGCGGCCGCUGCUGCGCGUUAUUGUCCAGCGCAAAGACGAUCUGAACGAGUAUUCCGGCUUUGGCACGAUGAAGCCGCGCAAUCUAAUUGGCAGCAUACUUGGCCAUACGCCGGUUAAGACCAAAGCCCCAUCGAUAUCCAUACCGCACGAUUUCCGUCAAGUGUCGGCCAUCAUCGAUGUGGACAUCGUUCCGGAGACGCACCGGCGUGUCCGUCUGCUCAAGCACGGCAGCGACAAGCCGCUCGGCUUCUAUAUACGCGACGGCACCUCGGUCCGUGUAACAGCCAGCGGCCUGGAGAAACAGCCGGGCAUAUUCAUAUCACGCCUGGUGCCCGGCGGUCUGGCCGAGAGCACGGGCCUCCUGGCCGUCAACGACGAGGUUAUCGAGGUCAAUGGCAUCGAGGUGGCCGGCAAGACCCUGGAUCAGGUCACCGAUAUGAUGGUCGCCAAUAGCUCAAAUUUGAUCAUCACCGUCAAGCCGGCCAAUCAGCGCACUCUGACGUCGACGCAUCGCGGCUCCUUUUCGCGCAACAGCCAGCUGUCCAGUGGAUCGCAUCAUACGAACCAUACGAACACCUCCGAUGAGCUCGAGCACGAGGAUCAGGAUGAUAUUGUUGACCUCACUGGCGUUACGCUCGACGAGAGCCCCACAAGCGGCAACGGCGGCGUCACAGUCACAACAACCACACACAGUCAUCAGUUGUCCUCGUCGCCGUCGUCGACGCAUCACAAACAGGCCGCCUCCAAUGCGUCCACAAUUCUGGCCAGCGAUGUCAAGGAUGGUGUCUUGCAUUUGUAGAGCGCGCGCAAAAAAACAAAAGAGCAAAACAAUAAUACGAAAGGCAGCAGAUCACACACACACACACAGACACACACACACACGCAUACACAUUAAUUAUAUAUAAUAUUGGGAUUAUAUAUGCAGUCCACAUUGCAGCACAUUCCACAUUUAGAACGUUUCCAGUUGCCAGGCAUAUAUUGUUUUCUUUUUUUUCACACACAUUUUUCGUAUUAAUGUCCUUGUUAUAUUAUCAUAUGCGCAUAUAUUCCUUGAUGUGUUACACUAGUUAGAGCGAGCAGGCAUAUAGAAGAGCGAGAGAGAGAGCGAGAGCGAGUUUGAAUUGUUUAAUUGCAAUACGAGUACGCCCACAGCCACGCCCACGCUCUAGACAUGCCUCGAACUAAAACAUUGCAUUCCAUUUAUGUACUUUGCGGCACUCACACACACACACACACACGCUCACACACACACACAGAGAGAGAACAAUUAAACAUUUGUAUGUACUUACAACCUUAGCUAAAAAUUUAAGCAAAAAUGUUUGUUUGUUUGUUUGCGUCUAAUUUGAUUUUUUAAAUAUGUUUGUAACGUGUGCGAGCUUAAGAAAAGUGUUACUUAAUAUUCUUAAUAUAUAUUAUAUUUUAUUUUAUUUAAUAUUCUAUUGUAUUCUGCUUUUAAACUGUUUUUUUUUUUGUUUUUAUUUACCAUGUCAUGUGUCCGGUUUUUUUUUUCUUUGGUAUUUGUAUUUUUUACGUGUAAAGUUAGAGAAAUGAGAAGAAGAAAAGUAAAAAGAGAACACCAACAGCGCCUUUAAAAAGAUAGAGAUCAACAAAAAUUAGCAACGCAUAACGUUUUGUACGCCUAUAUACGAUACACCUAGACUAUACUAUAUACAUAUAUAUUUAUAUAUUAUAGAUGUUUUUAUACACGUUUCUAUUAUUGAAGUCGAAUGUGAGCGAAAGACACGGAUAAACAAUUAAAACUGCAGACUUGAAGUUAACAAAACACACACACACAUAUGAAAGACAUAUUUUAGAUAUAUAUACACACACACACACCUACAAAAAUCAUAUAUAGUUAGUGUUAAUCCGUUCACCGAAUACCCUAUACCCUAUACCCUAUACUCUAAAUGGCAGCAGCUAAGAAUUGUUAAAUCAAUAUAUAUAUAUAUAUACGAGUACAUGAUAUUAACUAAUACAAAUCGAACAACUAUAGCUAUACACACACACACAGACACACACAUGCUUUAAAAGACAACAACAACAACAACAUCUAAGAGCAAGUAAUAUUAUUGUGCAUGUAUGUAUUUUGAAUAAAUCCUUAGUGAACUUCUUAGUGCACUGAAAACUUA